AGCUUUUUCGAGACAAACGUCAACUUUCUCAAGGGCAACAUUGGCGCCGGGUUUCUCAGCCUCCCCUUUGCUUUUGCACAUGCGGGUUAUGCUGGGUCAAUCAUCUACCUCCUCUUAAUCGCCCUGAUCGCCGUGCAUUGCAUGCACAUGUUGGUCAAGGUGAAGCAGCACCUGGCCGAUCAGGGCUCGACGGGAUACCUCAGCUACGCUGAUGUGCGCACAAUUGGCCGCUACGGUAUCUAUCUGGUCAACUUUGCCCUGCUCAUCACUCAGUUUGGCUUCUGCUUGGUGUACAUUCUCUUUAUUGCGGACCAUCUCAACGAGCUUGACCCCGCACCUUUAUCUCUUGUCCUGGGCCUGUCUUUUGGCCUGCCUACCCCGUUGGCGAGCUCAAUCAGCGUGCCGGCAUAUGCCCUGAUUGUGUUGCCGGGCGCCAUUCUGUUGACCUGGAUCCGUGACUUCCGAACCAUCGCCCCAACGUCAAUCGUGGCCACACUCUGCCUCAUCUUUAGUUUCAUCGUCAUCUUUGGUGUGUAUGCGAUCCCGCCCAUCUUGUACAUCAGCUUGCGCUGUUUCGUGUCGCAGCUCCCUAUCUUCUUUGGCAACUCAAUUUUUGCCUUUGAGAGCAUCGGCCUUGUUCUUCCCAUGGAGAACUCCAUGGCGGAACCGGAACGAUUUGCGACGGUCAUCAACAUUGGCAUGAGCGUGGUGGUGAUUCUUUACGUGUCGUUUGGAGCAUUGGGUUACAUGGUUUUUGGGGAUGCCGUGCAGGGAUCCAUCACCCUGAAUCUUCCGGAUACGCCCAUUUUCGACUCGGUGAAGAUUGCGCUGUGCAUUGCCCUGUUUCAGAGCAUUGCCAUCCAAUUUUUCCCCGCCAUCAAUGUCCUCGAGCGUGCCUACAUGCCAGUUGUGGAGCGCAAUGUCAGGUCCAGGCUGCAGACACCGGUUCAGCUGGGGAUUCGGUCCAUCAUCAUGUGCAUCUGUGCUGGUUUGGCCAUUGGUAUCCCCAAGCUCGGUUUGGUCAUCUCUCUGAUUGGAUCUCUGGGUGCGGCGCUUCUGGCCUUGAUUUUCCCACCUCUCAUGCAUAUGCGAACCUUUUGGCACGAAAUGGGGCCAGUGGUCAAGAGCAAGGACAUUUUCAUUACGUUCUUUGGUGUUGUUGGUAUG